CUCCAACAAAUCCGAACGUCAGGAUGUCACCGAUGUCAUGAUGAAAAAUCAGCAGCAGCAGCAGCAGCAGCAAAUUCAAGUCCAAAAUCAUUCCAAUGCCAUGUCACCACAACGUUCAUUAUCCGCAGCUGCAUCGUCCACGUCGUCGUCUGCGUCGACAGCAGCAUCCACAAAACGUAUCUCCUCAAGUAUCUCCGUGCAAUUGCCAGCCGCUGGCUUAGGCUCACGCCCACCCAGCAUCAUUUCUACAAGCACCAGUCUCGACGAGGGUGGCUUCAAUGAACCCUCACCCGAGAUCAAAGCCAAACUAAAGCCCGCAUAUGACUUUGAAACGGUCAAUGGACGAGCGGUGAGUGGCAUGAGUGCCGACAUCGACGAAUGCGACCGCAGUCAGCCAACAGCGAAUGAGGAGGCAGAGAAGCCCAGUUUGAAUUAUGUUGAUGUGGGCUAUCGUCUCAACCCGGAUGGUAGUGAAUCGCAUGAGGUUUUUGGCGAAUCCGAGCUGUACGACACGGCUAAAGUGACUGAAAUGCACAAGAAAUUCCAUGCCAACGGAUUUGCGCAAGAAACGACGACUGUUUAUGCGACCAUAAAAACUGAGGUAACAACAGCUGCCGUUGAGCUGUACUACCCAGGUGGGAAGCUAGCUAAGGAGAGAGAACGAGUUGGAACUAGCCUAUUGCAUUCGCCCACAAAAUCUAUUGGCAGCGGUAUUGCCGGCCUCAGUGGUUCACCGGUGAAAUCGGCGGCGAUCUCGUCACCGCCAGUUGGUGUGGUUUCGCCCAUACGCCGACGCAGCUCAGAUGUGAGUGUGAAGUCAACACCGCCCAUCUCGCCAACAUCAAUCGGCAGCGGUAGUGGCAGCUGCAGCGGCACCGGCACCGCAAAUUCGACAUCGACCAGCAAUACGCGCUCAAUUCCGUCGAUUGCUGUGGCAGUGGCGGGCAAGGGGGUGGUGACACCCAUCGCCUCGCUGGCUGCACAGGAGGAGGAGUUCGAUAGCUCUGAGUUGCCGGCAUUGCCUGAGCGACCACCACCAUUGAGUGCAGUACAACACGCCACUAUAGCGACUGCAGUCGGCGUUGGUGGUGGGCCAUGUAGCGCUUUAGAUAUGCAGGAUCUGGAGUAUGCAGACAGCAGUGCUGGGGAAGAUGAAGAUGAUUUGAUGCGCGCAAUUGAGGACGACAUUGAUGACGACGACGAAGUGCUGCAAGUGGAGGUAAGCGAAGCAACGCUGACGACAGUAGCCGAGGAGGGUGAGGAGGAGGAAAAACAGACGAUUGUUGUGGCAGCGGCCGGUGCGGUGGCGGCAGAUGUAGCAAUACCGCGCGAGGACAGUCUACCGGAUGACAUGACUGCCGACGAAGCUGAGCGACUGUUGAGCUCGAGAAUUUUGGAAAGCAAAAUCAGACAACAGUCGUUGCUCUCGGACGAACAAGCCAAAGAAGUCGAACAGAUACUCUCCGCCGCACCGACAGUUGGUGUGGCCGUUGCAGCUGUUGUUGCCACAGCUACUUCGCCAACUAGCAUUAAAAGUCUAAUCGAAGAAACGCAACCAGAAUCACCGCCACCAACAGAGCAGCAGGGCAAAAAGCCAACGACGAAAGCAGCUGCCGCCAAAGUUAGCAUUGACAUAGCUGGUGACGUACGUGCUGCUCCUGUAAAUGCUACCUUAACUGCAAGUGGCGGUUGUAAUCCAAUAACUGUCGCCAACGAAAGUGUUACCGCCUAUAACAAGGCCGACGAAGCGGAAGAUGAUGAUGACGAGGAGGAGGACGACGAGGACGACGGGGAUGUCGACAUAGUUGGCAUUGGCGCCGCACCUGCACACAUUUUAAAUGCGACCUCCACCAAGGCGGUAGAUAGCAGCAUCAGUGCUGCAGCAACUAACAAGGCCAACAACAACAAUAACCACAACAACAACAACAGCAGCAAUACACACGACGACGAUGAGCCCGAAUGGCUACGUGAUGUACUUGAAGCGCCUAAUCGCAGUCUAGAGAAUUUGCUAAUUUCCCGCUGUGCUGGAGUCAACGAUAGGAGGCGACAUUCAUCGGAAAGUCAAGACAGAAUUGUGGGUGGUGAAAGUAGUUUUGUUGUUGAAAGUAAACAUUCCGACUUGGUGACUGCAUCUAAGGUCGAGACUAGUUACGAUGCAGACAAUGAUUCGACACUUUUUAUACAACAACAACAACAACAAUACGAACAACCACAAUCACCCAGCGGUAAGCCAGGCGAACAACAGUCACUUUUGAAUCAAACAUUUGUGCAACAGGAAUCAAGUAGUCCAACGCCACAUGGCCAAACGGGCGAAUCUCUGCAAGAAUCAAUUGUUUCGGUUGAGUCAACUCAAUCGGAUGGUACACUCAAUCAGACUACGACCAUUGAUGACAGCAUAAUUUCAAGCAAACAUAAUUCCACUUACUCAUUAGCUGAGGGUGAGCUACAUUCGAUUAAUACAAAUACAACAACUACUAGUCUUGGUGGCACAGAACUCGACGAUUCGCAAUACUAUAUACCAGAGUAUCCGCCAGUGAAGAGCAAGGAAGUUUAUGUGGAAUCCGGAGUGCAUUAUUUCGAAGAUGGCAACUUUUGGAUGGAAGUGCCGGGUCUACUCGACUUCGAUGACGACGAACUCUCCUAUCCGCCAAUACCAGUAAAGAAAAAUACCAAAGUACGCUUUAGUUCCGGACCCAUACAAGUAUUUUCAACCUUCUCCGUAACCGAUUAUGAUCGCCGCAAUGAAGAUGUCGAUCCCGUGGCCGCUUCAGCCGAAUAUGAGCUGGAGAAGCGUGUCGAGAAGAUGCAUGUCUUCCCGGUGGAAUUAAUGAAAGGUCCUGAAGGUUUAGGUUUGAGUAUAAUUGGCAUGGGCGUUGGUGCCGAUGCUGGACUCGAGAAAUUGGGUAUAUUUGUGAAAACUAUUACCGAUAACGGUGCAGCAGCACGUGACGGACGCAUUCAGGUUAACGAUCAAAUCAUCGAAGUGGAUGGCAAAAGUUUAGUGGGCGUAACACAAGCGUAUGCCGCAUCGGUGUUACGCAAUACAUCUGGUCUAGUCAAAUUUCAAAUUGGACGUGAACGUGAUCCGGAAAAUUCCGAGGUGGCACAAUUGAUACGCUUGAGUUUGCAAGCGGAUCGCGAAAAGGAAGAACGACUGAAAAGACAACAAGAAGAAUAUUUACGUCGCACACUCGACUACUCGGAGGACUCCACACAGCCAGUUUCGGCUAAUUCUAGUGUCUGCGAGGGACCCUCGAGUCCCGUACAAGUGGAGCAUCCAAUGGAGGUCGAGGCUACGCACUCACAGGAGGUAGAGUCUCUGAAGAGACUGCUACAGGAGCACAAAGCGCUCGUCAAAUUAGAAACAACCGGCAAUGAAAACGAACUGCUCAGCGAACGUUUACGCCAAAGCGAACGCGAGCUAACCAACAUCAAGAAAGAGGCUGCAAAUCUACAAAAUAUGCUACAACAAUCACAGGGCCAGUACAUGGCACUCGACAAGAAGUAUAACAAGGCCAAGCGUUUGGUGCGUGAGUAUCAACAACGCGAGGUGGAUAUGUGUCAUCGGGAGGAAUUCUAUCAGCAAUUACUGCAAGAGAAGGACACCGAAUACAAUGCACUCGUGAAGAAGUUGAAAGAUCGUGUCAUCAAUUUGGAACACGAGCUGCAGGAGACACAACGUAAGGCUGGCUUCCCAGUAGGUUUGCCAUACGAUAGCGCCACGCUCAAAUUGACGCCUCAAAUGAUGCGAAAAGCGCCGCCAAAACCUCUAUUCCAGAAACUUGAAACCGAAUUGUCGGAUACGGAAAUUUCCGAUCUCUCACCCGAUGGCGAGGGUGUGAAAACGGCUACAGUGGAACGUAAAGUACCAAUUAAAGACGAAUUGGAUGCUGCAGUGCCGCAACAUGAACUUCUGGAUAAUUCGGUUACAAAGACCAAAAUCGAUUUAGCAUCUCGUGGUGGUUUAGCUAAUCGCCAGCUGCCUUCAACAGCGAACAACGGCAACAACAGCACCAGCAAUUGCAAUACAACCAACGCAGCGGGCAACAACGCUACUAAUGCCACCGCCGCCUCCAACACCAAUAACAGCCAAAUUCAUAGCACUACAUCCGUCGCCUCCGCCGCCGCCGCCUCCACCACCGCUGGCAUCAACAUUAACACCAGUCACAGUCACAGCAGCAGCAGUGCCAGUGGCAACAACAGCAAUAACAACGGCGUUAAAAGCAUCUCUUUUGGCAAGCGCACGCUCAGCAAUAGCAGCUCAGAUUGCGCGCUCGAUGACAGCGAGGAUGAUGGCACUGCUACUACAGUGGCACAUGUGCACGCCAGCGCCGCCUCGGAUAGCAAUGGACUUUCGAAUGGCAGCAGCAGCAAUAGUAGCGUUAUCCACCGCAAUUACUUACAACAGCAGCAGCAGCAUCAUGCCACCGCCACCAAUGGCCAUCACAGCGUCACUGCCGGUACAACUACUGCCAUUCUGUUGAAUUCGACCGCCAUUGCGGGCAGUGGUGUUGCAACAGCGCGCGAACAGCAAAUCAAUCAAUUGUAUGCGCAAGUGCACAAGGAUCAUAAUAAGACCGGCGUAGCAGCAGCAGCAGCAGCUGCUGGUGUUGGUCAUUCCACAAUACCGAAUAUAUUUAAGAGUGCCAUUGGUUCGCCACCCGACGUAAGCCUGGGCGUUGGCGUGGGCGUGGGCGUGGGCAUGGGCUUGGGCAGCAGUGGCGUUAGUGUUGGUGGUGGUGAUUUUCAUCGCAGCAACAUGACUACGUUCGGUACUAGCAAUCGUGAUCUCAAUAGUUCAUACGAUUCAAUUUUAGGCUCAAACGAUAAACUCUCCGAGAAUGAACAAUCAUCGGAGAAUUGGAUGUAUCCGAGUCGACGACGAGUCGGACCGACGGGUGCCAUCAUAAGUGGUAAGAUGCCACCUUCAUCGUUUACAGAACAACUAAAUCAAGCGUUGUCCGAGCGUGAGAGACGACUUGGCGAUGGCUCAUCCCGUCACUCCAGCGACGAUUACACAGAAAUUAACAAAAGCCAAAGCACAGCUGCCAUCAAUUGUAAGACACUAAUCAAUGAAAUACGACAAGCGGUGAAUGAGGCACAGCCAAAAGUUAAACAAGUUAUACCUCAAUCACUCUCUCCGCCUGGCACAGUACCAUGGCAACAGCAACAACAACAACACCAACAACAACAAGCCACCGGACCGCCAUCACCUACCAGCAUGUCCUCGGGCUGUUCCUCACCCGGCUAUUCGCCCAGUCGUGCCAUUGAUUUGUCCGGUUCGAGUAGCAGUUUUUCGGAUCGCAAAGCAGCCGCCUGCUAUAAUUACAAAAGUGGACCAGUGCAUGAGUGGACCAAAGAGCAAGUUGGGCAAUGGCUUAUGGGCAUCGAAUUGGAACGUUACAUUCCUGUCUUCAAGGAACAUAAUGUUGAAGGUGGCGCGCUGUUGUCACUCGAUUCGAAAGAUUUCAAAACACUUGGCGUGAGUGGAGAUGAUAAACAUCGACUGAAGCGACGAUUAAAAGAUUUGAAGGCGAACAUCGAAAAGGAGCGAAAAGAUCAGGAACGCGAGCGACGCGAAAGAGAGAAAGCUAUACGGAAAGCGGAGAAAAAAGCGGCCAAAAAGAAGUAGAAUUAGAAAAUAUAGAAUGCAGAAAAAUAGAAAGUUAAAAAUAAAUAUUAAUUAUUACAAAAAAAAAAAAACAACAAAAUAGUAGUUGUAGUAGUCAAUAGCAAAGAGUAUCUAUUAGAACAGUCGAUAUAAUAACGGUAAUAGUAAGCAACUACCAAAAAUAUUUACGUUAUUUACUUAGUAUAAGAAGCGCGCAGUAAUAAGCAUGUCAAGGAAGCGAAUGAAUGAGAUAGAGAUGGUGGAGGGUGGAGGGUGGCGAGGAAGCAUUGAACGUAUAAAAUAUUAUUUGUUUUUUUUUUUUCUUUUACAUACUAUGUACUUGUAUUUAUACACACACUUUGUAUAACUUUGACGUUCAUUGAUUUCAACUCAAAAGCAAAAGAAAAUGAAAGGAGAAUCUUUUCUAAGUUAUUUAUCUCUGAUUAAAUAAAAAGUUUAAUUAAGGUACGAGUAUAUUCGAUUUUUUUAAUCAAUAAGUAAUUUAUUAUAACUCAAAUUCUACAACAUCUUUAAAAUUAAGAUGUUAAGUAAAACAUAAAAACAAUGACUUGCAUAGUUUAAAUACAUACAUACAUAUGUACGCAUAAAUCAUUUAAUGUGUGAGUAAAAAAUGAUGUUAGG